GAGGAGGAGGACUGCGGCUCAGGUGCUGCCGCUGCCUGUAGGACGGUGACGGACAGAGAGCGGCUCAAGGACAGCUGUUGUCGGUGUUUUAUCUCGCUGCCGUUGUUUAACGCCGCAGCACCGACCUGUGAGGUUUUCUUGCCAAAAGAGUGCGCAGACUGAAAAAGAAGAACAUCAUCUAAAAUCGGAAUGCUCCUGCCUGAUCUGACACCAUAGAAUUCAUUUUUGGAAAUUUAUUGAAAGGAUUUAUUACACAGCUGUGUGUUUUGAUCAUCCAGUCCUAGAGGAACAGUAAUGGAGACAGAAGAGAAGAAGAAUGUAUCACAAAAAUGCACAGAUAAGACAGACACAGAGAUGGAAGAAGACGUGACAUCUGGUCACACUUGUGGUGUGUGCAGCCGGACCUUUCCGCUUCUCAGCUCUCUGUCCCAGCACAUGCGAAGACACACCCGGGAGAAGCCGUACAAAUGUCCAUACUGUGAGCACAGGGCAGCGCAGAAGGGCAGCCUGAAGGUCCACAUUCGAAAUCAUAAACUCGGUCUGGUCAGUCCGAACCCAAGCGGUGAGGAACGGGCUGGAGACAAAGGCCAGAAAGAUAAUGUUAUGAUUCUCAAGUUUCCUGAAAUUGCUUGCACACCUGAAAAAGCCCACAGUAUCAACGGGAAAGUAAAGAAGGAGGGAACCAAGAAAAAAGUUGAGGGUAAAGUUGCAGCACAAAAUAUGGAGGGUAGUGAUGGGACUGAUGUUGGACCACAUUCCUGUCACUUUUGUGGCCAGGUUUUCCCUCAGGUAUUACUCCUCAAAAUGCACAUCAAAAGGCAUCGAAAUUCCCAGGGUUACAGUUGCCGGAUGUGUGGGCGACGCUUCCGCCAAGCGUGGUUCCUCCAAAGUCACAUGCACAUUCAUCAGGUUAAAGGGCAGCUGUGCUGUGGCAAAAACAACAAGCUACCUGCCACCAUCAACGGUGUUCCUCAGGACCCAACGUCGCUGGUAAAUGCAGAGUGCCUCUACCAGCUCUGUGCUAGUUGUGGCAACUUCUUUCAAGACUUUAAGAACUUGCGAUUGCAUGAAAAGCUACACAAAUUGAACCAAAACCGCACUCAGAUGCGAAGUCUGGUCAAAGACAUAGAGGUCUCCAAGACACCCGUGACUAAGGAGCAUUUUUUAGAAAGCUUAAAUAUCCGAGCUGUUGGAUCUGUUGGAUCUAGAGAUGCACCUGAGGAAAAGGAUGUUGGCAGACGAAUUGCACAGCUGGAUCCUAUUUGUAGCUAUCAAGCUUGGCAAUUAGCAACGAGGGGUCGACUAGUGGAAGCCACAGAGAAAUGUCUAGGAUGGGAGGAAAGACUAGCAGAUGCCGAAGUUGCGUACGACACAGAGAAAGGAGAGUACAUACCCUUGAAACAGGAAAGGAAGAGAAAACAAAAUGACAACUCAAAUUCCAACGUGAAGAAAAAGAAGUACGAUAAGAGCCUCGUUCCCUCAAACAUUCAGGCCCACACCAAAGGUGGCAACAACAGGAUCUGCCAAAGUGAACGCAUCAUUUUGAAUGGACUCGGCCACGCAUUUUAUGAGGCGCUGCAUUCAAAGGUCAAAGAUGUCUGCAGCUCACCUCAACAGACCAACAGCAUCAGCAAGCGAGACCAGGAAGAUAAAAAGCCAUAUCUCUGUGAGCACUGUGAUUUCCAAACAGUGGAUGCCUCACUUCUCAGGUCUCACAUGCACAAGCAGCACCAGGAUGGUCCAAACCUCUACAGCAAGAAGAAUGCCAGUUUGAACAGCCAUACUCAAGGUCGUUCCAAAGCAGCCAGAUAUAUGGAGUACCUCAAAAACAGGAGUGGGUUACUUCGUAAGCCAUAUUGGACUACUUACACAAUCCCAUCUGGAAUGGUGUCAGAGUUAAACAUUAAAAUAGAAAAGUCAAAUGACAAUGAAGUUGAAAUGCAGGGGUCACCCACCAGUGAUCUCCUCAAUUUGUCUGUGUUACCUGCAAGUGAAAGAGGAGAAGGUUCUGUGUCAAAAACAGAGAGCCUAGUGAAACAACAGUGCCAAUACUGUUCCCAUGCCACAAACUACCCAGAGGUGUUGUGGAUUCAUCAGCGAGUUGCACAUAGAGUGGAUGGCACCAGCUCCCUUGCACCCAAAUGGGCACCUGGCACCAAUUUCUUCAAGAGUUCAAAGACUGGUGCAACCCAGUGGAGAAGCACAGGACCUCCACCGUUUCUUGAAGGCAAGGACUGUCCAGCGUUACCUGCUCCAAGAAGUCAGCGCACACAGCCACCUGAUUUCACCCCACACAGCAGCAGCACCAGCAAAACGCCAACUCUCAAGACCCAACCAGGUGUCACAAAGUCCAAGCACAGUACACGGUGUUCAGAUGGGACAAAAUCUAGUAGGAGGGUGGGACCCCUAUCUCAAAAGAAGUCAGGUGAACAAGUGUUGGCCGUAGAAGGAGGGAGUAAGAGCUCCAGUACCCAAGAAAGUCCAUCAAGCAGUAUCCCACACUUCCAGAAAACAUGCAGUCCCAAACACAGAGUCCACAGAGGUGCAGCAGAAGGAAGCUUCCCACAGGAAGGUCUGGGUUUUAUGUUGACCAGGAACUGUAGUGGAACUUCUUCCAGUGCAACUGCAGAUAGACUUCAAGCCUGCAGACAGACAUGUGACUCCCCCUCAGGUCCUAAGGGUCCUGAUCUUUGGACUGCGAUGAACAUGUGGGGACUACAUGGAGGAAAAGCACUUUUUGAACCCUUCCUUUAUUCUCAGGAAAAUAGUAAACCAUCAGGAGAAAUACCAAUGGACAGUAAUGUUUUGAAUUUCUUGAAAAACUAUAGUUCUCAUGAUGUAGCUUCACUUUACCAGUACUGGAGGUUUGUCGAUCCCAGGUUUGAUCCACAAGUAAUGUUACAGCUAAAUGGACAUUUAGGAAAUGAAGUUCCAUCCUCUUCUGAUACUUCCAAACAAGUGACCAGCAACUCCAAGUCAUCCUGAGGAUGUCUUCACACAGGAAU